CUGAGCAUCUCACUGUAGCUGCGUCUCUCCUUGGACAUUGUCUUUCCCUCAACACGCCUGCCAAAGAUGUCACUGUCCGACGCAGAUAGAAACACGAUAACAUGACGGGGAACCCAACCAUCUACCUUCCCAGAUCCUAUCUUCUCUGAGCACCGUUUACAAACUAUCCACGCCUCCAUCCCUUUCCUCGGCAAUGUUUCGUUUCAUUCUUCCAUUACACAACCAGGCGGUCUGUAAUUAAUGAACUUUUCGCGCCGCUGUGCAACAGUUCGUCAGCUCCCAGCGCGCGGAAGACAAUGAAGACCACGCGGAAAUGCCGCGCGUUGCUCUCGGUUGGACUCAACCUGGUCGCGCUUUUUUUUUCCACCACCGCGUUCAUUACGACCUACUGGUGCGAGGGCACUCAGCGCGUACCCAAGCCCAGCUGCAGCAAGCAGCGGCGGCACAACUGCAUCGACUACGGCGUGAACGAGACAGACAAGAGCAAGGUCCACUACAGCUGGGACACCGGAGACGAUCGCUUUCUGUUCCGCCGUUUCCACACCGGGAUCUGGUACUCCUGCGAGGAGAACAUUCACGGUCCAGGUGAAAAGUGUCGUAGCUUCAUUGAUCUGGCUCCGGCCUCAGAGAGAGGGGUCCUGUGGUUGUCGGUGGUAUCAGAGAUACUCUACAUCAUGUUGUUGGUGGUUGGGUUCAGUCUCAUGUGUCUGGAGCUCUUCCAUUCCAGCAACGUCAUCGACGGACUUAAACUCAACGCCUUCGCUGCUGUCUUCACCGUGCUCUCAGGUCUGCUAGGCAUGGUGGCUCACAUGAUGUACACCCAGGUGUUCCAGAUCACAGUGAGUCUAGGUCCUGAAGACUGGAGACCCCACUCCUGGGACUACGGCUGGUCCUUCUGCCUGGCGUGGGGCUCCUUCACCUGCUGCAUGGCAGCUUCCGUCACCACCCUCAACUCUUACACCAAGACGGUCAUCGAGUUCCGGCACAAGCGCAAACUGUUCGAGCAGGGUCUCAGGGAGGAGCAGAACUACCUCGACCAGGAUGCCUUCCACUACUUCAGGGACCGCUCCCUCCAGUCCAUCUCCAGCUCCAUGGAGGUCUACCCUGGGCACGGGGGAGGAAGGCUGCCUGGGGGUCCUGGAGGUGUUGGGGGAGGCCUGGUGGGGUCCGGGCUGCUUGGAGUACCAGGGAAAGGGAAGAUGAGUGGGCACUCAGGUUCCAUCGACCUGGGAGAGAACUCGGAGUCCCUGGGGGAGGAACAGUGCUGAGAGAGAGGGGGAGAGGGUUGUGAAAUUCCAGUAACCUUCCAAAAAUGCCAAGUUUUUCCCGGAAAUCCUGGUUGUAAAGCUCUGGGAAUCAGAAGGGGACGAUGAGCAGCACAUUGGGAAUAUUCCAACCAGGAUUUCUGGAAAACCUGGGAAUUUUAGGAAAAGUGACCAGAAUUGUACAAUCCUAGUGUUGGGAAGUUGGUGAAGUUUGUGAAGAAGAUGCUGAUCUUGGGUUAGGAGAGGUGUAUAUAGUGUAAUGCUUUGGUCUGAAGAAGUAGUCCGCUAUCCUGUACAUAUGUGGACAGGGCGUCGUGUGACACGGACAAUGAUGAGAUAGAUGGAGUUAUGUGGACAGGGUGGCAGGUGGAGCGUUGAUGAGAUAGACGGAGUUAUGUGGACAGGGUGGCAGGUGGAGCGAUGAUGAGAUAGAUGGAGUUAUGUGGACAGGGUGGCAGGUGGAGCGAUGAUGAGAUAGAUGGAGUUAUGUAGACAGGGUGGCAGGUGGAGCGAUGAUGAGAUAGACGGAGUUAUGUGGACAGGGUGGCAGGUGGAGCGAUGAUGAGAUAGAUGGAGUUAUGUGGACAGGGUGGCAGGGGGAGCGUUGAUGAGAUAGAUGGAGUUAUGUGGACAGGGUGGCAGGUGGAGCGUUGAUGAGAUAGAUGGAGUUAUGUGGACAGGGUGGCAGGGGGGAGCGUUGAUGAGAUAGAUGGAGUUAUGUGGACAGGGUGGCAGGGGGAGCGUUGAUGAGAUAGAUGGAGUUAUGUGGACAGGGUGGCAGGUGGAGCGAUGAUGAGAUAGACGGAGUUAUGUGGACAGGGUGGCAGGGGGAGCGUUGAUGAGAUAGAUGGAGUUAUGUGGACAGGGUGGCAGGUGGAGCGAUGAUGAGAUAGAUGGAGUUAUGUAAAGUCUCAAAUGACAGCCUAUUCUUCAUGUACUUCAGGCUCUGGUCAAACGUAGUGCCCUACAAACAUAGUGCCCUACAAAAGUAGUGCCCUACAUUAGAGAUUCAAUCCAAUGUGGAGAUGGAACCAGACAGCUCCUCCUCUUCCUGUUCAUCACAGGGGACGUGUCCCAAAAUGGCACAAUAUUCCCUAUGUAGUGUACUAGUUUUGUGACGCAUUGUGGUGGCAGCAUUAUGCUGUGGGGAUGUUUUUCAU